GUGUUUGCUGUAGGCAACCACAACCAACAUCACUUAGUUAAAAUUCAAUACAAACUUCGUUGGCCGUUGGUUGACUUGCUUGGUAGUGAGGAACCGGUGGGGCGCGGCUCGGUCGGGUUCAUCGGCAAUCGUGGAUAUAACUACAAAGUACUCUGUAUACGGAGUACUACGGAGGUGAUACUUACUUCGUAUGUGAGGGAGGAUGAUGAUCUCCGGGCUAAUGUCGCGGUCCGUCGGAUGGCGUUGGUGUCAGGGGUGGCGCCGUUUCAGGCAUCAGAGGGGGGUGGCGGUGGGACUGUCAGGUACCCUACCUGCUCUACCUGA